AUGGCCGACUUGCAGGGUCGCAAGAUCUUCAAGGUCUUCAACCAGGACUUUAUCGUCGAUGAGCGCUACAAUGUCACCAAGGAGCUGGGUCAGGGCGCAUACGGCAUUGUUUGCGCCGCGACAAAUGCUCACACCGGUGAGGGUGUCGCCAUCAAGAAGGUCACCAACGUUUUCAGCAAGAAGAUCCUCGCCAAGCGCGCUUUGAGAGAGAUCAAGCUGCUCCAGCACUUCAGAGGCCACCGUAACAUCACUUGCUUGUAUGACAUGGACAUUCCCCGCCCGGACAACUUCAACGAGACGUACCUGUACGAGGAAUUGAUGGAAUGCGAUUUGGCCGCUAUCAUUCGCUCCGGACAACCCCUCACCGACGCCCAUUUCCAAUCCUUCAUUUACCAAAUCCUCUGCGGUCUCAAAUACAUCCAUUCGGCCAACGUUCUGCACCGUGAUUUGAAGCCCGGAAACCUUCUCGUCAACGCGGAUUGCGAGCUGAAGAUUUGCGAUUUCGGUUUGGCCCGUGGUUUCUCCAUCGACCCGGAGGAGAAUGCAGGAUACAUGACGGAAUAUGUCGCCACAAGAUGGUACCGUGCGCCGGAAAUCAUGCUGAGCUUCCAGAGCUACACGAAAGCCAUCGAUGUUUGGUCCGUGGGUUGCAUUCUGGCCGAGCUGCUGGGUGGCCGGCCCUUCUUCAAGGGCCGUGACUAUGUCGACCAGCUUAACCAGAUUCUCCACUAUCUGGGUACUCCUAACGAGGAGACUUUGAGCCGCAUCGGCUCACCUCGUGCUCAGGAGUACGUUCGCAACUUGCCGUUCAUGCCCAAGAUUCCCUUCCAGCGCCUGUUCCCCAACGCCAACCCCGAUGCUCUCGACCUGCUCGAUCGCAUGCUUGCGUUCGACCCGACGUCGCGUAUCUCGGUUGAGGAGGCCCUUGAGCAUCCUUACUUGCACAUCUGGCACGACGCCUCGGAUGAGCCCACCUGCCCGACGACCUUCGACUUCCACUUCGAGGUGGUCGAGGACGUGCAGGAGAUGCGCCACAUGAUCUACGAUGAGGUAGUGCGCUUCCGGGCUCUGGUCCGGCAGCAGUCGCAGGCGCAGGCCGCCGCGCAGCAGCAGCAGAUUGCCCAGCAGACCAACGUGCCCAUCCCCGACAACCAACAAGGCGGAUGGAAGACGGAGGAACCGAAGCCCCAGGAAGCGCUCGCCGCAGGCGGUGGCCACCACAACGAUCUGGAAUCGUCGCUGCAGCGGGGCAUGGAUGUGCAGUAG